AUCAUUAGUAGAAGAUUGAGACAAAAUCUAUGAUACCAGUAAUAGAUAUUGCCAUAUCAUCGAAAAUAUAUGUUAUUCAUUUAGGAAAAUUUCAUUUAUUGUGUAAUUUUAUUUUCAGAAAAAUGGCAAGUAUUUAUUCUGACAGAAAACCAAGUGAUCGGUCUAGAUGGAUUUGUAUUUACCCAGCUUAUAUAAAUAACAAAAAAACUAUAGCAGAAGGACGUAUUGUACCAAAAAAGUAUGCUGUAGAGAAUCCAACAUACCAAGAAAUAUUUGAAGUUGUUAAGGCAAUGGGUUUUAAUGCUGAAGUUGAAAACAAAAAGUAUUCGCGAGAAUGUAGUAAUGAAUGGGCUUUUAGGGGAAGAAUACGAAUACAGCUAAAAAAUGAUGAUGGAACUCCUGUUAAUGAAACUUAUCCUACACGUGUUAGUUUAAUGAAACAUUGUGGCGUACAAAUACCAAAACUUAAAAGUCGUGCCAUGAAAGCUAGUGGACCUGAACAAAGUCAAACCAAAAAUGAAGCUAGUGGAAAUAAAAAGAAAAAGGGUAGAAAAUAAUGUUGGACAAAUAAACCAUCUUACUAAACAAGUUAUUUUUAAUUUUGUUUUAUUUAGCAUAAUGAUAAAUUGAUCUUCAUUUUGCUAUUUGUACAUUUUAUAUUUAAAUAAAAAAUAUGAUAUUAUAAA